CCAAAAAAAAUUUAAAAAUAAAAACUCGACAUCGCACAAAAACGGGUAUCGCGUACAGUUCGAGCAAAAAAAAGAAACAAACCAGAGAACCAUUGAAAAUUGUGACUAUAAAUUUAUUAACAAUUUAUUUAUGAUUUUUUCGAUAUAUGAAAAUAAACAAACGAGGAAAAAACGCCAGUAAACGAAUUCAAACUUCAAUACAAACAAAGCACAUAGUUUCCCUUUGAAUACCAUUACCAAAAUACACACACACACGCACACACACACUCGCUCAGAAACAGACAAUUCGUGCAUGUGAAUAAUAAUAAGAGCCACAGAGAAAGGAAAAAAGUUGGUCCUCCAAAAAAAAAAAAUUGGAAAAAAAUAAUCAACCAGCAAAAUCCCUACUGAGGAUUUUGUAGAAAAAAUUGAAUUUUUUCCCUUUUUUUUACAUGACAAAUAUAAAUAAAAUAUAAAACUCUGUGGAUUUUAUAGCAAACAAAAAAAGAACCAAAAUCGGAUCACAGAGAAAAAUGAAAUUUAAGCAAAAAUUCCCUGAAAACCACAACUACAAAGGAUAUGGCAGUUGCUGCCGUCAACAUGCAGGAAUUUUUUAUAUGGCCCUAGCAAUCAUGAUUUUUAUGAAUGCCACCUCAGAGGGUGCCAUUAAUGCACCAACACAUCCCAACAACUGGAAAUGGUUGGAGGAGAGAACAAAUGCAGCAGCAGCAGGGGGAGUACCUGCAACAACCAUGUUGCAAACACUUAGCAACAAUGCCAUGAGAAAUCCCAUAAUAGCCCAACAAUCAUCGAAAACAUCAGCACCGCAAAAGCCAACAGCUUCUGUAACGUCCACUUCAAUGCCUGCCAACUCGGCGAGUAACGGCAGCCAUACCAGCACACCCAAUUUGACCCCUGCCCAGGCUAUGGGCUCCUGUAAAUCCUCCACCGGCACUUGGGGAGAUGUUGAUCCGAAUAUAUUCUACCUCUGCGACAUGCAGACCAAACAACCGCUCACCAUGCGUUGUCCCGAGGGUCGUGGAUAUUUCAAUGGCUUGGGCUAUUCGGGUUGCAUACCAUUCGAGGAAUGGCCUGCAUGUGUGGCAUUGAGCGCCCACGAACAGGUGCACAUUUGCGAUAGCGAACAUAUGCAACAGCCGUGGGAGACAAUGAAUCCAAAUAAGUUUUAUAUAUGCCUGCAAGAGACCACUGAGCCCAUGUUGCUUAAUUGUGGCCAAGGUAAAGGUUUCCUGCAUGUUCGCAUUUCCUCUGCCCCUGGCUCGUCGCGAGAGGAGCCCAACGAUGGCUAUAGUGAAAUUGUUGGCUGUGCUAAUUGGGAAAAAUGGCGUAGUUAUAUGCAAUGCACUGACUAUUAUUAAAACGCAUGGCAAAGGCAGCAAGAACAACAAAAACAACAAAGACAACAACUAUGCCUCAUGCAAUAUGCUUGGCCAUAAACUAAAACAAACAAACAAACAAAAAAAAAAAUAACU